AUGCGAUUGCUUCUAAUUUGGUAUCUGUUGUUUGUAAAAUGUAAAGUUGACGGACACGCUAAUACUAGUGUAGUUAAACUUACAAAUAAUGUUACCAUAAGUACAAGAUGGGCUAGCUUUAAAAAGCAUGCAAAUUUUAUGUCAGAUGAUUUGAUUUGGAAAGGAGUGGUCCAGAGAGCACUGGAAUGCGCAUCAAAAUGUCUUGAAAGAUUGAUAUGUACCGGUUUUCACAUUUUGAAUAAGGUACAAUCUAACUUAAACUGCGGUCUUGUGAAUGGAACUUUAAUAACAAAACACUAUUAUGUGCGAAGCGAUAGAUGGUACGACUUUUAUGAAAUGAAGAACAUGUGUACAUUAAAUCCGUUCAUAUGUGAACAUGGAAGCGUGUGUAUUCCAAACUUUGAAAACAACACUUAUCAUUGCGAAUGGUGCUUCCCACCUUACUAUGGUAAACAUUGCAACUUGACAGGUAUGUGCUACAGAAACAUUUCUACGUACUGAAGUUAACACAAUUUACCAGACUGGCUAACAUUACAAGAUACCGUCUUAUCUAUACACCCCAAUUUUUUAUCAUCUGUUUAUUCAUAUACGAGCUGUUUCGGUGUGCAACAUUCUGUUUAUAGCAAUUGGGAAUAAUUUUAAACAGGAUGAGCUAACACCUUGACCCAUUUGUUGGUAAAGAAUUUAAUGCACACGUAUGCAAUUCCUUUUGUUAUAUGAAAAUAAAUUAACAAGUUCUUCAGCGGCUGCGGAUAAUCCACAAUAGCACGUUCUAUCCAAGAAAAGUAUUGAAUUUUGCAAAAUAAUUUCAGUCGUCAAUUUUUAUUCUUAAAAAUGCUUGUAAAAAUGUCUGAAUAUUGUUGUGAAAGAAAAAUUCUGAAUACCGCCCCCUUCCCCUGUCGGUUUUUUUUAUAAAUCCUUAACGCUAUGCUGCAUGGCUAUGAUACUUACUGAAAUUCAAUAUUCAUCUAUAAGACACCUGCAUGCCAAAUUUUU